GGAGACAAUCUUCGGUCUUGUUUGCUCUAUCAACGUUGGAAACCAGAAACAAGAACAAAGUUCUGCACUCAUUUCUGCAUUUCUAGUUCGAGGCGGAGUUCUUUUCAAAUAAAUUUCUGCUUCAGUUCUGUGUCAAUUGAUGCAUAAUAAAUAGCACCAAACCCUGAAUCCAAGAGACGUUUUAUUUUUUAUUUUUUUAUUUUUCUUGGGGGGGUUAAAUUCAUCGAUUAUGCAAGUACCCAGAUGGCGAAAUCUGUUGGUGUUGCAAAAUUCAUUGGUGUCGACGUUUUCAGCUCCAAAAACAACAGCAACAGCCAUGAAUUCACAGGUUGCAUCGUUUCACUCUACCCCUCCCGCCUGCCAAAAGUGGAAGAAUAAAUGGAAAUCUGAUAUAAAAAGAACUCAACAACCAUCUAAGAAUUAUAUAAGGUAUGUAACUCGUCAAAAGCGUGCUGACACAAAGAGAGCUCUUAAUGACCUCCUGUAUCAUGGUGGGCUCUCAAAUACACAUAAGGCUGAAGAUCCAAUAAGGAACAAAUGGGAAGAAGGCUGGGAUAUAGAUGGCUCUGGUGGCUCUGAUGAGAAACAGCAGUCUAAGUUUUCUGCUCGACGUGUUGGCAAAUCACACCACAAGAAAAUGAAACGCAAGUUUAGGAGAGAGAGUUUCUCUGAGGACGACAAUAAUCCAGAAACAAUCUUUCAAGCUACAUUUGGGAACAAAUGGUAUACUUGGUCAUUUCCAGGGGAUUCUUUUUCCAAGAAUUUUGCUUCUGGGUUUGAGUGGAGAGAGAACUCAGACUGGAGUAACUGUAGAAAAAGAGGCUGGGCUAGUUCCAGUGAAAGUGAGUCUGAGGAGGAGGGCGAAUUUGAUGCGAUAGGAACAUUCUCUGAUAGAACGAUCCUUGGUCUCCCUCCAACAGGUCCUCUGAAGAUUGAGGAUGUUAAGAAUGCCUUCCGCUUAUCAGCAUUAAAGUGGCAUCCUGAUAAACAUCAAGGCCCUUCACAGGCAAUGGCUGAAGAGAAAUUUAAACUUUGUGUCAAUGCGUACAAAUCCUUGUGUGCUGCUCUAUCCUGAUGCUGGAGCUUCCCGUAUAGAUGCUUUCAACUUCCUGGUACCAGUGGAUUUUCAUUUGUAAGAUGGCCAGAUUAAUUGUCAAGAUGUCUGAUUCAAUUUAUCGUUUCCAAUUUUUUAUCUUCACAAUAAUCAAUAGUGUGUUCGUGUCACAACUAAAUUAGAUCCUGCGACCAAGCUGAUACAGUUUGUAACUUUAUUUGAGAACGCUUUUGGAAGUUUUAUU